AUGGAGUCGCUCCUUUCACCCUCGUUCGACAACAUAUCGUCCCGCGACAGUGCGAAGAUCCGCAAAGGCGUACGGCAGAUCGAGGGACUGCUCGCGCAGAUAUGUCUUUCGAUAGCCGGCUCACGAUCACCACACAAACGGAAGAGCUCGGCACUAGAUGGGGGAGGAAAGCAACAAGGCCAGGUGAAGGCACUGGGUGAUCUCAGGCAAGAUCCCGCCUAUCGAGAAUUCUUUCGGCUACAAGAGGGCUUCCAGUGGAAUGUCGCAUCACGGAUAAUGUCGACCCUCGAAUGUCUAAUGGGGAUGGGAAAUCCCUCCGAUACCGACCUGCUCAUAUUAGCUGCUCUGGAACUGCUGCAAGGUGUUCUCCUGCUCCACCCGCCCUCGAAAUGCCUGUUUGGUCGCGAAACACACAUGAACCUCCUUCUAGAUCUUCUGGACUCCGCAAACCCGCCGCGAAUACAAUCGCAGGCUCUGCUAGUGCUCGUGGCCGCACUACUAGAUUGUCCCCGCAACACAAGGACAUUCGAAGCAAUCGAUGGCUUGCUCACCGUCACGAGCUUGUUCAAGAGCAGAUCGACAACAAAGGAAGUGAAGAUGCGAUCCUUGGAGUUCCUAUACUUUUACCUCAUGCCAGAGGCUGCUGUAUCGCCAAUGUCAAGCGCAAGUGCUCCGAACACUGCGAUUUUGCACCGAGACCUCCACAGGCACGAGUCUGCAUUCGCUGGCCAUGCGAGAACACACUCUGGAGACACCAUGGAUGUUGACUAUGAGGAUACCGAUAUACGGACGCAGUACGAUAAGCAGCAGCUGUUGGGCCAGUACCUCAGAAAUGUCGGCGAAUUGGUAGCGGACCUGCAAGACACUGCGCCAUUCGGCGUGACAGUCUGA